GGUCACUGUCCCUCCUGUCGCGCACACAGCACUCUCGGCACGAGAAGGGGGACGCUCGCUCGAGGCCACAGGGACUGUGCAGCCCCACGCCACGCAGGGCGCCACCAGCGAGAAAUCUCACCUUGACGCCCCAGGCAGCGGCGAGGGAAGAGUCCGGCUCUCAGCUCUCCCGACUCCAUGGACCCCCGGCGCAGAUGAGUUUUGGACGGUAACUUUUUUCCGUAGUGUCUGCGCGCAGCUCCUGACGAACCGGCCCUGGGAUCCCCGUUCGGAUUACUUUCCCGUCCAGAUGUUAGUUCACGCCUACUCUGCCAUGGAGCGCACGGACGGACUGAGCGGCCCCUCCCCGGGCGGGCGCCUGUCGCAGCUCUCCUCCCUGAACCAGGCAGCCUACUCGACGGCCCCGCCGCUCUGCCACACCCCGGCCUCCGACUUCCAGCCGCCCUACUUCCCGCCGCCGUACCCGCAGCCACCGCUGUCCUACCCCCAGGGCCAGGAGCCGGGCUACCCGCACCUCCCGGACCCCUACGCCUCCAUCAACCCCCUGCACCAGCAGCCGGCCUGGCACUCGCAGCGGCCGCGGCCGGAGGACGCCGGGCUGCUGCCCCAGGCACACCGGGCGCUGGGGCUGGACCCCCGCAGGGAGUACCCCGGGGUGCCGCGCCUGCUGCACGGGCUCGGGGAGGGGGAGGUCCCGCUGGGGCUGCACGGGGUGAACCAGCACGGGCUGGAGGACAUCCAGGGGGCAGAGGAGAGCUCAGCGCUGGGGUUACUGGAUCACUCUGUCAUCAAGAAAGUGCCUGUGCCCUCCAAGAUGAGCAGCAGCUGUCUGUCCACACUGGCCUUCAGUAAAGAGGGGGUGCUGGGGGGGGUGUCGAACCCCAGUGAGGUGUUCUGCUCUGUCCCAGGACGCCUGUCUCUGCUCAGCUCCACCUCCAAGUACAAGGUGACAGUAGGGGAGGUGCAGCGGCGCCUGUCUCCCCCAGAGUGUCUCAAUGCGUCCCUCCUGGGGGGUGUCCUGCGCAGGGCAAAGUCCAAGAACGGAGGCCGGUGUCUGAGAGAGCGACUGGAGAAGAUCGGGCUGAACCUCCCGGCUGGCAGGCGCAAAGCUGCCAACGUCACCCUGCUGACCGCGCUGGUGGAGGGCGAGGCUGUGCAUCUGGCCCGUGAUUUUGGGUAUGUGUGUGAGACGGAGUUUCCUGCGAAGGCGGCAGCAGAGUAUCUGUGCCGACAGAACACCGACCCGGCUGACCCGCACACGCGUAAGAGCAUGCUGCUGGCCACCAAACAGAUCUGUAAGGAGUUUAUUGACCUGAUGUCCCAGGACCGCUCGCCUCUGGGUUCGGGCCGGCCCUGUGCAGUGCUGGACCCAGGGGUGCAGAGCUGCCUGACGCACUUCAGCCUCCUGACGCACGGGUUCGGCACGCCGGCCAUCGUGGCGGCUCUCUCCGCCUUCCAGAGUUACCUGCUGGAGGCCCUCAAGCUGCUGGACAAGGGCUUCGCACCCAGAGCCGGCGAAGGGCUGGGAAAAGGCUCGGACAAAGACCUUAAGCAUCGCAAAUAGGGACUCGAGUCCCACCCCCCCUCCACUCGCUGCAGCUGGUCUGCUCCUGUCUCCAGACAGCCAGCGGGCCGAGCAGGAGGAGACGCAGGGACACCGGCCUGCUCCCGUCCCCAGAGCAAGGAGCGCAGGACUGAGAGCAGAGGAGGAGACGAGGCUGGCUGCACACAGGAUGGAAAAACUCACUGUGCCACUGUGGCGCAACAUCCCAGCUACACAACUGCAUCAACAGUACAGCGCAGUCCCACUGCACAACUGCUUCAACACACACACACCCACCACACAACUGCACCAAUACACACACACCGCACAGCUACA